UCCUCCUCCUCCUCUUCCUCCUCUUCCUCCUCUUUCUCCUUCUCCUCCUCCUCGGGCGGCGGCGGCGGGCGGCGAGAUGCACCCCAGCGCCCCCAGCUACCCCACGGCCUCGCUGUACGUGGGGGACCUGCACCCCGAGGUGAGCGAGGCGAUGCUGUACGAGAAGUUCAGCCCGGCCGGGCCCAUCCUCUCCAUCCGCGUCUGCAGGGACAUGAUCACCAGGCGCUCCCUGGGCUACGCCUAUGUCAACUUCCAGCAGCCGGCGGAUGCCGAGAGAGCCCUGGAGACCAUGAAUUUCGAUGUCAUCAAGGGCAAGCCGGUGCGCAUCAUGUGGUCCCAGAGGGACCCCUCCCUCCGCAAAAGCGGCGUGGGCAACAUCUUCAUCAAAAACCUGGACAAGUCCAUCGACAACAAGGCUCUGUUCGAUACCUUCUCCGCCUUCGGCAACAUCCUGUCCUGCAAGGUGGUGUGUGACGAGAACGGGUCCAAGGGCUACGGGUUCGUGCACUUCGAGACCCGGGAGGCGGCCGAGAGGGCCAUCGACAAGAUGAACGGCAUGCUCCUGAACGACCGCAAGGUCUUCGUGGGCCGCUUCAAGUCCCGCAAGGAGAGGGAGGCCGAGCUGGGGGCCAGGGCCAAAGAGUUCACCAACGUUUACAUCAAGAACUUCGGGGAGAACAUGGACGACCUGAGGCUCAAGAGGCUCUUCGGUAAGUUCGGGCCCUCUCUCAGCGUCAAAGUCAUGACGGACGACAGCGGCACGUCCAAAGGCUUCGGCUUCGUGAACUUCGAGAGGCACGAGGACGCGCAGAAGGCCGUGGAGGAGAUGAACGGCAAGGAGCUGAACGGGAAGAAGAUCUAUGUGGGCCGGGCUCAGAAAAAGGUCGAGCGCCAGACGGAGCUCAAGCGCAAGUUUGAGCAGAUGAAGCAGGACCGGAUCACCAGGUACCAGGGAGUGAACCUGUACGUGAAGAAUCUGGACGACGGCAUCGACGACGAGCGCCUGCGCAAAGAGUUCUCCCCCUUCGGGACCAUCACCAGCGCCAAGGUGAUGAUGGAAGGGGGCCGCAGCAAAGGCUUCGGCUUCGUGUGCUUCUCCUCCCCCGAGGAGGCCACCAAAGCCGUCACGGAGAUGAACGGCCGGAUCGUGGCCACCAAGCCCCUGUACAUCGCCUUGGCCCAGCGCAAAGAGGAGCGGCAGGCCCACCUCACGAACCAGUACAUGCAGAGGAUGGCCAGCGUCCGCGCCGUGCCCAACCCGGUGAUCAACCCUUACCAGCCUCCCUCGGGCUACUUCAUGGCGGCCAUCCCCCAGGCGCAGAACCGCCCCGCCUACUACCCCCCCGGCCAGAUCGCCCCUCUCAGACCCAGUCCCCGGUGGACGGCCCAGGGCGCCAGGCCUCAUCCGUUCCAAAACAUGCCCGGGGCCAUCCGGCCGGCGGCCCCCAGGCCCCCGUUCGGCACCAUGAGGCCAUCUUCCUCGCAGGUGCCAAGGGCGGUGUCCUCCCGGGUCUCCAACGCGGCCUCGCAGAGCCUGGGCCCCCGUGCGGCCGCCGGGGCCGCCGCGGCGGGGACUCCGCCCGUGCGUUCCGCGCCCCAGUACAAGUACUCCGCUGGCGUGCGCAAUCCCCAACAGCACCUGAACGCGCCGCCUCAGGUGACUCUGCAGCAGCCCGCCGUCCACGUGCAAGGUCAGGAGCCUCUCACGGCGUCCAUGCUGGCCGCCGCCCCUCCACAGGAGCAGAAGCAGAUGCUGGGAGAGCGGCUGUUCCCGCUCAUCCAGGCCAUGCACCCGACCCUGGCGGGCAAGAUCACUGGCAUGUUGCUAGAGAUCGACAACUCGGAGCUUCUCCACAUGCUCGAGUCCCCGGAGUCUCUGCGUUCUAAGGUCGACGAAGCGGUGGCGGUGCUGCAAGCUCACCAGGCGAAAGAGGCCGCCCAGAAAGCGGUCAACAGUGCUCCCGACGUGCCUGCUGUCUAAAAGAAAAGAUGAGGGACCGGGAGAUGGAACGUCUGCUUCCUCACAGAAAAAAAGCGAAACAUCAAAAGACUUAAAAUGUUGUGAAAUAAAAUAAAAAAAAAAAAAACAUUGCAAAAUAUGAAAUAAAGAAAACAUGGAAAGGAAA